AUGGCGGAUCCCUUGAGUAUUACCGCAUCAGUGCUGGCUGUUGUUACAGCCGCCAUCCAGUCAACGAAGUCGCUCUCGGCGACGGUGAAGCGCUACAAAGAUCGCGACCAGACGUUGAACAGGCUACAAGCCGAGCUGGAAGAUCUCAUCAAUAUUCUCACCUCGCUAGAGGCAGCUGCUGGUUCCGAUCGGUCUAUGUCGGCUCUUCUCGAAGGGCCUGUGAAUCGAUGCAGUCAAGUAUGCGUCGAGUUCGAGAAGGCCAUGGUAAAGUUCACCGGGAAGACAAAAACGGGACGGAGAGACUGGGCAAGGAUGGAAUUCAUGAGGGGCGACAUCCGUGAUUUUAUGGACACUCUUGCAAGUUACAAGUCAACAAUUAUGGUCGGCUUGGGGACCAUCACCAUUGAGAUGAUCCAAGAUACGGCUUACAAUCUCGAGAUCCGCCUUCAGCGCGUCGAGGAAUCGCUCUUUAACGACAGCACGAGCGCCGAAGCCACCAUCGACUUGCAAGACGAGAGAGAGAUGACCAGGCAAUGCCUUCGCAUCUGCCAAGAUGCCCAGUCCUAUCUCAAAUCCUUACAAGAUGGCCAAGCCUCCCAAAGAGCAGAAACGACUUCUUCUUCAAGUCUUACAAGUAAUGUGCAGGUGCAAAGCCUGUUUGACGCCGAAGUCAUGACGAUUCAGGCCAUAAACGAAAGUCGACGCAAGUUCUUGGAAACUAUCAACCAACUCCAAGACCGCCUUGCUUCAGCCACCUCGACUCAAGGCGCUGAACGCGAAAAACAAAUGUCGCAAUUGCGCGAGGAUAUCAACAUCUCGAAGCAAUGUCUGGAAGUGUGUCAGACGGCCACCGCCCAAGUGCACCAUCAUCGGAAGAUACUCACUGUUGGGGAAGUAAUUGCCGAUGAUGACACAGAUCAGGUGGUCGUCACAACACUUGCUGACCUCUUUGACGUCAGAAAGGUCUUAGCCAAGAGUCGGUCAUCACAGCUUGUUGGCUCCAUGACAGAAGAGACGCUUCAGCAAGUGUCUAGGGAUCGCUAUCGAAGCCGCUUCGGCUCCGCGUCUGGCGACCUCGGGCCCGUACAAACCGGCACCCCUUCCCCAUCUUCUAAUUCCGGAUUCCGCGAGAGCAGCAGACGACGUCCAUCCCCAAAUGAGGCGAGGAAACGUGCUACCGAUGGUGAAUCCGGGGUAUGA